UAAUUAAUUACUAAAUUACUUUUGUAUUACUAUUGUUACUAUUACUAUUGUAUAUAUUUGCAUUUGUCAUACUGAAAUUAUUCUUUGGUAAUAUAUAGGGUAUGUUUUCACACAGGGUAUUUAUUCACUUAUCAUUUUGUAGGGACUUUAGUGCUGGGUAUCGUGAUAAAUUAUGGCAUGUUGAAACCUGAUACGUUACUUUGAGAAUUUACGCAUUCCAGUUCGUUCUAAUUAUGUAUUUAUAGGGUUGUACUGUGUUGAUAAAUCAAUAAAUCCCCUAUGUAAGUAAAACAGUAUUCAAUUCCUCAAGUCCAGGCUGUUAGACCUUAGAAUCACGUGAUCAGUCAACCUCUCGCGAGACUUGACGCGGCUUUGUAAGAUAUCCUGUUGGCAGCAACAAAUCGGCUCCGGAUCCAGAGUCAAUCUGCACAUUUCUGCGAAGCCUCAGCUCCUGGGACGUGAUGGAUGUGUCGUCUCACAGCCUCUUCCUGCUGCAGCAGCUCAACGUCCAGAGGGAGUUUGGCUUCCUGUGUGACUGCACCGUCGCUAUCGGAAACGUCUACUUUAAAGCUCACCGCGCCGUUCUCGCUGCCUUCUCCAACUACUUCAAGAUGAUCUUCAUCCACCAGUCCAGUGAGUGUAUUAAGAUCCAGCCCACCGACAUCCAGCCAGAUGUCUUCAGCUACCUGCUGCACAUCAUGUACACUGGAAUGUGUCCCAAGCAGCCGGUGGACCAGAGCCGGCUGCAGGAAGGCAUCAAGUUCCUGCACGCGUACCAGCUGUGUCGGAAACCCGGCGAAGGGGCCGUCGACGCUGCCACCGACAUGAUCCGCAUGUCCAACCUAUAUGGCAUCCAGAUCUCCUCACAGCUGGCCAACAAGGAGGUGCCAGGUGUCCCCAAGACCACCACAGUGUCCCGGGGGGCCCCUGAGGAUGGACGGGCCUCUGGCCGAGGGGGCCGGGCUCACUCCCAGCUGUCUCUGGCUGUCGGACUUGAGGGUGUGUCGUCAGAGCGGCAGGUCUCUGCACUGCGUAACGUCUGCUCCGUGGCGUCUGGAGAUGACUCGGACAUCUCGACUCGCAUCAAGCAGGAGCGGGUGGACGAGGAGGAGGAUGGGGAGGACGGUGAGGGCGAGGAGGGCCCUGGGGCAGGGUCGCCAUCUCAGAGUAGCAGUCCCAGUCAGAACCUUUUGUUUAAAGAUCGGGAACUGGUGUUGCUGUGCCCCCGCUGUGGGGAGCGCUGCUCCUCCCCCGAGGUCCUCCGGGAGCACCUGUUCAGUCACGCCCUGGACCCCGCCCGUCUGAUGGAGGGGCUGUCCCAUGGCCCAGAGCUGGACGCCAGCGUUGAGGAAGGCCCAGCGGGUGCUCAGGAGCAGCUGGACGCAGGAUGCCUAGAGGAGGCACUCAGACAGAGCCAGGCACUGGCCAACCAACUGGCUGCAGAGCUGAGGAGGAGCCGGGGGAGCGGAGGGGGAGGCAGCGGCGGACUCCCCAGCCCGGCCGCCUUACACUCACGCAAACGGAAAAUCGCUUGCGCCGUCUGCAGCCUGCGCUUCUCCCACAAGAGCCAGCUGCAGGAGCACAUGUACACCCACACCGGUAAACCGUCCCGCUACCACCGCUACAACCGCCUCUGCAGCCAGCUCUUCCAGGCCUCGGCCCACUUCUGCGAGGGCGCCGGGGCCUCGGCCGGGGCCGCCGCGCUUGGUGAGGACGGCAACAGGGACACUCAGGACAACGGCAGCUCCUGCUACUCCCUGGACUCUGAGAUCUCCCAGGAGAGCGUGGACGGCGUCCCCGUCGAGUGACGACGUAGAGUUGGUCCUCAUGUUCUCUGUCGUGGUUCUGUGUGUGUGUCUGCUGGUUCUGUGCAGGUGUCGGUGAGUGUGACCAUAGUGUGGUUGUGGACCAUUUGUCAGACGGAAGACGUUUGUUGUUCUUCUCAGAUCCUCCUUUCACUAACUUCAUGUUGCUGGUCUUUUGGACAGGAAACUGUAACUACAAGCUCGAGUGAUGAUGUGAUGUGACGUUAAUGCAGCUCAUUGUUCCUGUGUCUGCUUCACCUCAGUCCUGAUCCAACAGACACGCUAAAACUCACCACCUGGGUUUACACAGGGCUUCACACAUACAGAUUCACAAGCCUGAACCAGGACCAUCAGAAGCUUUGGAGUUCAUACGUUGCAGACUGUAUGAAGGUCCAGAGUCCGGCUGCUGGCGCCGCUUUGCUUCUGUAUGUGUGAACGCAGCGUGCCUUGGUUUAACUGUUGAGCGUCUUAAAGACAAUCGAGUAAAUGAAGUUUACCAGCUUUUCUCUGCUAAUGUGUUCGGUCAGAAGGGACGUGCUAGUUUACUUCACAUUCUUCCAGCUCUAUCACUGAUGAGGCAGAUUGAACGUGUGAUGAGUGCCACUCAAAGUGCUGAAAGAAUCCUGUGAUCUAAACAGAAAGUUUUUACAUACAAAUAAGGUGGGAAGAAAAUGUGCUCACAGCUUGUCUUCCUGCCAGAGAAUCAGCAGUUUGGUCCUCAACACGUAGGAACUGCUCAGUGUUUUGUCUGAUCAGUGAUUCAGUGGUACUGGUCAGUGAUUGGCGCGUGUCUCGUCAUUUUCUUUGUGUUUCACUGUAAAACUAUCUGAAGGUUUGCGUUUUGUACAUAAAGUUUUUUUCAUGGAUGGAAAAUUAAACUUUUGUAAAUAAAUGUUUUUCCACCUGUCAGCUCA